AUGUCGGUGCUGCGCUCGGCCAGAGUCAUGCACUCUGCUAUCGUUGCCAUGCAGCGCCGCUACGGCAUUAACAUCACUGGCAGUUUGGACACCAGCACAUUAGAGUGGAUGAGAAAGCCCAGAUGUGGGGUCCCGGACCAGAUAGGGGGCUUGUCUCGAUUCAAUGUAAGAAAAAAGCGCUACGCCCUCACAGGACAGAAGUGGCAACAUAAACAUAUUACGUACAGCAUAAAAAACGUCACUCCCAAAGUGGGUGCAGAGGAGACGCAUGAUGCAAUCAGACGAGCGUUCGAUGUGUGGCAGAAUGUGACACCGCUGCGCUUCGAGGCCAUACCCUACAGUGAACUGGAGCGCAGCAAGAAGGACGUGGACAUCACCAUCAUUUUCGCCUCCGGGUUCCAUGGUGACAGCUCACCUUUCGACGGCGAGGGCGGCUUCCUGGCACACGCCUACUUCCCCGGCCCGGGCAUCGGCGGAGACACUCACUUUGACUCGGAUGAGCCGUGGACGCUAGGAAACCCCAAUCAUGACGGUAAGGUUCCAGCUGAGGUUUUGGGAAAAGGGGCUGUAAAUGGCUGUGUGUGA